ACGCCGGUGAUGCGUCUAUGCUGCCGCAAAUUCAAAAGAAGAAGAAGAAGAACAGGAUGGCUACUGGAGAGAUGGAGAAUAUUAACUGUAGUUGUAAAGGAAUAAGAACAUGUCUGAGAUGUGAGGCAGUGGAGUCUAAACAAUAUUUACUACAGAAGAACGAGCUGAUACAUUAUGAUUUCACCUAUGAUCCAGUGUCAAAGUCAGCAGUCCGAGAGGGGGAAAGUGGCACUCAGCAGUCCUUUGCAUUUCCUGGAAUAUUUCUGUGGGAGAAUUUUGUGUCAGAGUAUGAAGAGAAUGAACUGAUUGCUAGAAUGGAUCAAGAUGACUGGAGAGAAUCUCAGUCAGGCCGUCGAAAACAGGACUUUGGGCCAAAGGUUAACUUUAAGAAACAUCGUGUCCGUGUGGGAAACUUUACUGGCCUGCCUGCCAUCAGUCGUCAACUGGUGGACAGGAUGUCAAAGGCACCUCAGUUGGCCUCCUUCAAACCAGUAGAGCAAUGCAACCUAGACUAUGAUCGCUUCAGAGGCUCUGCGAUUGACCCUCAUUUAGAUGAUAGCUGGCUGUGGGGAGAGCACCUGGUGACCAUUAACCUACUCUCAGACACUGUCCUCACGAUGAGUUUAGAUCAAGGCUGGGGAGACAUGGAUGAUGGAGAAGUGCGAGUGGCUGUGCAUUUACCACGCAGAUCACUGAUUGUACUCUAUGGAGAAGCACGUCAUCGGUGGAAACAUGCCAUCCACAGGAAAGACAUUCAGGGACGCAGAGUGUGCAGCACCUUCCGGGAGCUGUCUGAGGAGUUUCUACAGGGAGGGGAGCAGGAGAAACUGGGCUCAGAGUUGUUAGAUAUAGCACUGAGCUUUAAAGGUGUACCUUUAUAAAUUGCCUGUACUUUAUGUCAAUGCAUGUACAGUUUUCUGUACUCACAACUGUAAAGUGAUUAUUUUUAACUCUUAAUUUAAAUAAAUGCAUAUUAUUUUUA